CUUACGUGCCAGACCAACCUUAUCGUAAUGGCCAUGGGAAGCAAUCGACAAAUGACAAGAUGAUUCGGACUUAUCGACUCGAGAUGUGUGUCACCCAAACCAACUGGGACGAGCUGUUGAAGAUGAGGGGCAAGCCGGAUACAAGUAUCUCUGUCAUCCCCCAAGACACCUCAUGAUGACCUCCCAGGUAUUCCCGUACAUCGCCAACCCUCCCACAUAUAUCCUACCAGCUGAGCUCUUCAUUGUUCCUCACUGCUCCCAAUCAUCACAGUUCUGAGCCAGCAUCAUCCAUCAAGAUGGGCUCUGUCGACACCACUCUCCCACACCCCUUUGAUCCCCUCUCGCGGGAGGAGAUUGAAAACACCAUUUUCACAGUCAAGAAGGCCCACGGCGAUGUCUACUUCAACGUUGUUUCCCUCCAGGAGCCUCGCAAGGCGGAGAUGACAGCAUGGCUUGAGGAUCCCACCAAGGCACCCCGACCGAAGCGUCUUGCCGACGUCGUUGUCAUUGCACCUGGUGGCAAGGUGUACGACGGCUUAGUAGAUCCGGCCAAGGGCGAGAUAGUUUCGUGGGAGUUGGCUGAGGGCCAGCAACCAAUUUUGACCAUGGAAGAACUCCAGCUUGUAGAACACAUUGCCCGUAAAGAUCCCAAGGUCAUUGAACAGUGCAAGAUCAGCGGCAUUCCCGAGGAGGAUAUGGACAAGGUGUACUGCGACCCCUGGACAAUCGGCUUUGAUGAGCGCUUUGGCAGCUCGGUGCGGUUGCAGCAGGCGCUCAUGUACUACCGCCCCGAGCUCGACAAUUGCCAGUACCAGUAUCCUCUCGACUUCUGCCCCAUCUACGAUAGCGACAAGCAGGAAAUCAUUGCCAUCGAUAUUCCCAAGAUCCGUCGGCCACUCAGCAAGGCUCCCGCGUUCGAUUAUCACCCGGCUGCCAUCGAGGCAAGGGGCGGUUUCCGCAACAACCUAAAGCCCAUCAACAUCACCCAGCCUGAAGGUGUCUCAUUCAAGCUGAACGGGAGGGAGAUUGAGUGGCAGAAUUGGAAGUUCCAUAUUGGCUUCAACUACCGCGAGGGUAUCGUGCUCAACAACAUCACCUUCAACGACCAGGGCAAUGUCAGGCCGAUCUUCUACAGACUCUCUAUAGCUGAGAUGGUGGUCCCUUACGGAAACCCCGAACACCCUCACCAUCGCAAGCACGCUUUCGAUCUGGGCGAGUACGGCGCCGGCUAUUUGACCAACAGCCUUUCCCUCGGUUGCGACUGCAAGGGCUCCAUUCACUACCUCGACGCCGAGUUCCCCACGCGCGUCGGCGGCAUUCGGAAGAUUAAAAACGCCAUCUGCAUCCACGAGGAGGACGCCGGAAUCUUGUUCAAGCACACCGACUUCCGCGACGACUCGGUCAUUGUGACGCGCGGCCGCAAGCUCAUCGUCCAACAGAUCUUCACGGCCGCCAACUACGAGUACGUGGUGGCCUGGAUCUUCCACCAGGACGGCACCAUCCAGCCCGAGAUCAAGCUGACGGGCAUCCUCAACACGUACAUCAUGGAUCCCGACGAGGACACGCACGGCUGGGGCACGCAGGUCUAUACCGGGGUAAACGCGCACAACCACCAGCACUUGUUUUGUUUGCGCAUCGACGCCAACGUAGACGGGCCCAAUAACUCCGUGUUUGUCACGGAUGCGGUCCCGGGAGAGGCUCCCGUUGGCAGCAAGGAGAACUUUUAUGGGAAUGCCUUUUACAGCAAGCGCACCAAGCUAGCCACCACGGGCGAGGCCAAGACCGACUACAUCGCCCAGACCUCGCGCACCUGGGAGAUCUGCAACCCCAACAAACUGAACCCGUACAGCAAGAAGCCGGUGAGCUACAAGCUCGUCAGUCGCGAGGUGCCUACCUUGCUGCCCAAGGAGGGUUCGCUAGUGUGGAAGCGUGCUGCUUUUGCUCGCCAUUCGGUCCAUGUCACCAAGUACCGAGACGACCAACUCUGGCCCGCCGGCCGACACGUUCCUCAAACCUCAGGCGAGCCCUCGCGUGGUCUUCCCGAGUGGAUUGGCAACGGCACCGAGUCCAUCGACAACACCAACGUCGUUGUUUGGCACACCUUUGGCGUCACCCACUUCCCCACGCCCGAGGAUUUUCCUGUCAUGCCGGUCGAGCCCAUGACGCUGCUGCUGCGCCCACGCAACUUCUUUGCCCGAAACCCGGUGCUGGAUGUGCCCCCCAGCUAUGCAAGCACGCCGAGCCAGCGGCUGGCUAAAGGCCAGGGCGUGUACGAUGCGGCGGAUAAGUUGAGCAAGUUGGCGUUUGAGGUGCCGAAGGAAGUGGAUGGUAAAGGGGUUAGUGGGGCGGGUAAUGGUGCUGGCGGUUCUAUGUCUUCGUGCUGUAAGAAUGGUGAUGGUUGCCAGUAAGUGUAACGCGCUGCGACUGGCUUGAAGCUCGAGAUGGUCGAAAUGGUCGAAAUCGGAAGGCUUGGAUUUGAAAACUGGCGUUUUUGGGGUGGCCAAUUUGAUGAUUUUUGUACAUUGUUCUUUUUCGUUGUGUAAAACUAUCCAGUCAGCUUGUUCCUCGUCACUUCCUGUCAGCCCUGGACGGCUGCUGAAUGGGUGGGACUCUUGCCCAAAGAUGAGAUUCAUGUGCU